GCAUGCUCAGUGACGAUAACCCAUCCGUAAUACUUAGAGAUCGACGCGCGAGCUACCAACAAGUCCCACCAAUUCCUACCCACUAUCUCAGCAUCCUUCCCAGCGGUGAGGAGGGAGGGGGGGAUAAAGAAAAGCGGAGAGGCUAGACACGCAAAAGUUUCCCCCCUGUGUCACAAAAAACAGGAGUCGACAUGGGUGAAAAAGAGGUGUUUGUGUGGCCUUAGGAAGCGACCGACGAAACGCGUUGUUCAGACGGUUAAAGGAUGAUAACAUAGUUUUAGGUGGUUGUUUUGUGUGUGUGUGUGAGAGAGGACGUUAACGGUGGAAAAGUUUAAAAGCUGGGUCGGGCUAUGGCGCGCGAGGGCGAAGACGCCGGGAUGGCCAAAGCCCCCAAACGCAAAAGGCAAAAAAAGAGGAAACCCAAGGAGAACAAAACCAGGACCGUCCACGCGAACGUGCUCCACGACUGCGCCAAAGGAGACGAAAACCCGAACCGACACUACGCCAACAACGAGAUAAAGACGACCAAGUACACCGUGCUGUCAUUCCUGCCAAAGAACCUCUUCGAACAGUUCCACCGCUUCGCCAACGUCUACUUCGUUUUCAUAGCCCUGCUGAAUUUCGUCCCGGUGGUCAACACUUUCCAACCCGAGCUGGCUCUGACCCCGGUCAUUUUCAUCCUGUCCGUCACCGCCAUCAAAGACCUGUGGGAGGACUACCGGAGGCACAGGUCGGAUAAAGAAAUCAAUCACAUGGACUGUCUGGUGUACAGCAGAGGGGAGAAACGCUACGUGGAGAAAUACUGGAAAGAGGUGCGUGUGGGGGACUUCAUCAGGCUGCGGUGCAACGAAAUCCUCCCCGCCGACGUCCUGCUGCUGAGCUCCAGCGACCCGGACCGCCUCUGCCACAUCGAGACGGCCACGCUGGACGGAGAGACCAACCUCAAGCAGAGGCAGGUCGUCCGCAGCUUUUUUGACCUGGACUGCGAGUUCGACCCGUUGAAGUACAACAGCAUCAUUGAAUGUGAAAAACCCAACAACGACCUCAACAGAUUCCGAGGCUACAUAAUCCACCGGAGCGGCAGAAGAGACGCACUUUACAAGGAGAACCUGCUGCUGCGCGGCUGCACCAUCCGGAACACGGAGGAGGCCGUGGGGAUAGUCAUUUACGCAGGUCACGAGACCAAAGCUAUGCUGAAUAACAAUGGCCCGCGCUACAAGCGCAGUAAGCUGGAGAGACAGAUGAAUGUAGACGUGUUCUGGUGUGUCAUCAUCCUGCUGGUUAUGUGCUUGUUUGCUGCCGCCGGUCACGGGUUGUGGAUGUUUCAGUACGGAGAUAAGAGGCCAGUGUUUGACGUUCUUAGUCCAGAGGGGACAGACUUAUCACCCAUCAUGUCAGCCAUUUAUCUUUUCCUCACCAUGAUCAUCGUCCUACAGGUGUUGAUACCCAUCUCCCUUUUUGUGUCAAUUGAAAUUGUCAAGAUCUGCCAAGUGUACUUCAUCCAUCAGGACAUGGAUCUUUACGACGAAGAGACAGACUCUCACCUCCAGUGCCGAGCACUUAAUAUCACAGAGGAUCUGGGCCAGAUGCAAUACAUCUUCUCUGACAAGACGGGUACACUGACGGAUAACAAGAUGGUGUUCCGACGCUGCACCGUAGCCGGGGUGGAGUACUCCCAUGAUGCCAAUGCUAAAAGACUUGCCAUGUAUCAGGAAAUGGAUUCUGAGGAGGAAGACUGCAUGUCCCACGGUGGCACCCUGCCCCGGCGGGACAGCGUGACCAGCCACCAGAGCGCCCGCGUGGUGCUGCGCUCCCAUAGCACCAAGUCCCACCGCCGGACGGGCAGCCGGGCCGAGGCCAAGCGGGCAAGCAUCCUGUCCAAGCACACGGCCUUCAGCAGCCCCAUGGAGAAGGAUAUCACCCCUGACCCUCAGCUCCUGGACAAAGUCAAUGAAUGCAGCAGUCAGAUGGACUUCAUGCGCUUCCACAGCCAGCCCAUGUCUCAGCUGCCCUCCGACCUCUCGGACAUCAUCGACUUCUUCAUCGCUCUCACCGUCUGCAACACGGUGGUGGUGUCCUCCCCCAACCAGCCCAGGCACAAGGUCCGGAUGAGGUUCGAGCUGAAGUCUCCAGUCAAGACCAUUGAAGACUUCAUCAAACGCUUCACCCCCAGCCGCCUGACCUCCGGCUCCAACAGCAGCAGCUCCUCCAGCCUGAACCGCUCCUCCAACAAAGGGUGCUCCAGCCUGCUCUCCUCGCCUUCGGCGGAGAGCACGCUCACUAAACUGAACGAGGAGACGCCCCCCGGCGGCCUGGAGCCCGGCUUCAGCGCCGCCCCCCCCUGCUACGACGGCCGGCCGUCCUGGAGCCCCGAGGACGGCGAGCUGCGCUACGAGGCGGAGUCCCCCGACGAGGCCGCCCUGGUCUACGCCGCCAGGGCUUACAAGUGCUCCCUCGUCGGGCGCCUCCCCGACCAUGUGACCGUGGAGCUGCCUCACCUGGGGAGGCUGAGUUUCGAGCUGCUGCACACCCUGGGCUUCGACUCCACCAGGAAACGCAUGUCCGUGGUGGUGAGACACCCCCUGACCGAUCAGAUCACCGUCUACACUAAAGGAGCGGACUCUGUCAUCAUGGAGCUGAUCAAGCCCCUCGACACGGGCAACUCCAAGGGGAGACGCCAGAAAAAGAUCGUCUGCCGGACCCAGAACUACCUGAACCUGUACGCCGCAGAUGGCCUCCGCACGCUGUGCAUUGCAAAGAAGGUUAUGAGCAAAGAGGAGUACGCCUGCUGGCUUCAGCGUCACCUGGAGGCCGAGACGGCCAUCCAGGGGAGAGAGGAGCUGCUCUUUCAGUCUGCCCUUAGGCUGGAGACCAACCUACACCUGUUAGGGGCCACCGGCAUCGAGGACCGGCUGCAAGACGGGGUCCCGGAAACCAUCGCCUCCCUGCGGAGAGCCGGCCUGCAGAUCUGGGUGCUCACGGGCGACAAGCAGGAAACCGCCGUCAACAUCGCGUACGCCUGCAAGCUGCUGGAGCCCGACGAGGAGAUCCUGACGCUGAACGCCGAUUCUCACGAGGCCUGCGCGCUGCUGCUGGAGGAGAGUUUACACUACAUCCAGGCCAAGUUCUUCUGCAGCUCCGGGGACCAGAGCGCCACCGCCGACUUUCCGCCGUUUGAGAUUUACCCGCCGGCGUCCCCGUCCUCGUCAUCCUCCCACGCCGCUCACUUCCUGGUGCACCGGCUGGGCUUGGUCAUCGACGGCCGGACGCUGGCCUACGCCCUGGACAAGAGCCUGGAGGACAAGUUCCUGGCCGUCGCUCGCAGCUGCCGGUCGGUGCUGUGCUGCCGCUCCACGCCGCUCCAGAAGAGCAUGGUGGUCAAGCUGGUCAGGAACAAGCUGAGAGUCAUGACCCUGGCCAUAGGUGACGGUGCCAACGACGUCAGCAUGAUCCAGGUGGCGGACGUUGGCGUGGGGAUCUCGGGACAGGAGGGCAUGCAGGCAGUGAUGGCGAGCGACUUUGCCCUCCCGCGUUUCCGCUACCUUCAGAAGCUCCUGCUGGUCCACGGACACUGGUGUUAUUCUCGGCUGGCCAACAUGAUCCUAUAUUUUUUCUACAAGAACGCCAUGUUCGUGGCGCUCAUCUUCUGGUAUCAGUUCUACUGCGGGUUCUCCGGCUCGGCCAUGAUCGACCAGUGGUAUCUCAUCUUCUUCAACCUGAUGUUCUCCGCAUUCCCGCAGCUCAUCACGGGCACGCUGGACAAAGACGUGUCCGCGGAGACUCUCCAACAACUACCUCACCUCUACGUGAACGGCCAGAACUCCGAGGAAUAUAAGCCAUACAUGUUCUGGAUGAACAUGAUCGAUUCCUUUUACCAAAGUCUCGUUUGCUUCUUCAUUCCUUACUUUGCCUACGCUGACUCAGACGUGGAUCUGUUUACAUGGGGAACUCCCAUCACCACCAUCGCUUUAUUCACCAUUCUUUUGCAUCUGGGAAUUGAGACCAAAACCUGGACCUGGAUCAACUGGCUGUCCAUAGCCUUCAGCGUGGCCUUAUUCUUCAGCGUGGCUCUGCUCUACAACGCUUCCUGUCCCACCUGCUACUCCCCCUCCAACCCCUACUGGACCAUGCAGAGGCUGCUGCAGGACCCUCUCUUCUACUUGCUGUGCACCAUCACGCCCGUAGCCGCCCUGCUGCCCCGAUAUUUCUACAGGGCGUGUCAAAGCACACUGUUCCCGAACCCGGUGCAGGUCGGGCGGCAGUUGGAUAAGCUUCCAGCCGACACCCGCAGGAACAUCCUCAGCCUGGGCAGACUCAAGACCGGGUCACCGCUGAGCCCCGCCCCUCCCUUCCUGCCCCUCGCCAAGCUUUCCCCCGCCAAAGACCCGAGGGGCACCCCACGGGCUCCCGUCUCGCAAACAGACGAAGAGCACGGCGGCGGAGGCCCGGCGGCGCCCGCGCGCAGCAGGGAGCGCCUCUCCAAUGUCUACUCCUCAGUUUCCACGGAGACGGACACCCUCCCCUACACCAAAGACGCUCCUCCGCUCACAGACUGGGAGGCCCCCGGCCAGAGCCCCCCCGGCUGGACGGCCUCCACGCCCCUGGCCGCGCGGGCAGACGGCGUCCAGCUGAGCCUGCCCCCCGUCGGCGCCCCCCAGUGCGUCAAAUACAGGAGGAGCCCCCAGGAGGGACUGGUCAGUGAGCACGGUGUCCACCCGCCAGCACACAGGACUGCACCCGCAGCCGAACAGUCCCUGUACACGGCCUUAUAACGCCUCACACUCAAUUUGCACGAUCUUUGCAACGUAAUUUUUAAAAAAUUGUAUUUUUCAAGGAGAUUAUUUUAUAAACUAUACAAAAAAGGUACUUUAUAUUUUGCAUAUAAAGCUUUAAAUAGUGAUAUUUUAGAGAUUUGGGAGAAGGAAAAACUGGAAUGUCUCCCGUUUUGUAUUUUUUUGGUUUUUGCAAAAAUGGCAUCUCAGUGCUUGAUAUGGUUUUAACCAGACCAGAGAAGAUACAUUCCACCACUGAGUCAUUUGGAAGUCUGUUUUCUCUCCGACGUAGCACGCCGGGGAUUCUUUUAACUCGGUCUGUAGGGGCAUUAGGACCUGGACCAGUGGCCUUGUUGGGAGAGAGCUUUAAUGUUUUUAAUUUGUAACGUGUGAGGAGCUCUGUGCUGAUUAUCUGAUGAUCCCAACAUGACCAUGCAGGAGACAGUAAGAAAAAAAAAAAAGUGGCAUUGACUCAGUGCACUUGUUAGCCUCGUAGCUGGAUCACGUUUAUUUGUCCUUAAUUUGAAAUAAUGGAAAGUAUUAUUAUAACUUAAGUUAGAAAAUACAUUCCGUUGAAUUGUUCGAGCUGUGUGGAAUUGUGCAUCAUGAAAAUUCUUAGCAAAAUCUACAGUUCAGUCUUCGAAGGCUCAGAAUCUACCAGGAAUUAUGCUCUGUUUGUGUGUGUGUUUCUGUCUGUGGACCAACUUCAGCUUUAAGGUUGUUUGGGAGGUUUAGACUUGGUUUAAAUGUUUGCGUUCAAAGGUUAUGGGGAAUGUUUUAUACCUAGAAAUGUCUACCUGGGGAUACAAAAGCUUUUUUUCUUUGUCUUUGUGUGGGAUCGCCGGGUCUCUUCUAGCAGUGCUAGCCAGGGUUGCAUUUUGAUCAUAAAUUGACAUUCGGCGUAUUUGUGGUUGGUCUUACUAAUAGGAAUACAGAUAAUUUAGACUCCAUUAUUUAUCUUGGUCUGGAUUUGCGUUCAGACUCAAAUAACUUGACAUAAGUCCGACUUGUUUUCUUUCUUUUUUUUUUUGAAAACUCAAAAAUCGUAUUAUUGUAUCCUUCUUUUUUAUUUACACAAAACUUUUGAACUUGUCUUUGAGUUUGCCACGUGAUAAGAAAAGUCUCCUCUGUGACUGGAGCAGCGUGCAUUACUGAUAUAAAACACCAAAGUUUCCGUUUCGGUUCAUAUUGAAUAAACGGGUCAUGUUCAUGAUAAGUUGCAGGGUUUAGUCACCUGGAGAUGGAAGUGAUUUACAGCGAAUAUCUAGUCUUUUUGUUACUUUAUCUUAACCAGCAGAGCUUUAGUGAGGUCAAAGUUUGUAUCCAACCAGUUCUAAUUGAACAGAGGCCGUACCAUGCUAGUUAGCUUUUACAGGUACUGGAGGAAUACUUUAUUUGUGCCCCUGGUCAAAGCCAGGUUGGCCUCCGAUCUCAAUGUUGAGCUGUUUCCUGGUCUUGGGUUGAUACUCGGCCUUUGAUAAUGGGACUGGUAGUCUAUAAAACUAGGGCCGGUAGUUAGAUUUGCUGUGCAUGCGUAGAGACAAAGGUAAACUUUUCCAUUUAGCAUCUUCUGGUGACAAAUAUGCCAUAAAUCUUUUUUUUUUGUCAUUGCAAAAUAACUUAAAGUGGCAUCAAAAUCCACAAUCUGAGAUGGGUUACUCAGGCUAUCGGUUAGCGCCACCCGAAGAUGACAAGGUUUUACAUUUGCUAGCUACACAUUAAAACUUUUUACAUUUCUUUAAGGGUUACAAAGCUUGUUAUGAACAGUUCUAAGGUUAACAAGUGAUAUUUGUUUUGAAAAGUAACAUUUAUUAACACCUACAAGCGGUUGUCUGUUAAUACUAAGCUAAGCUAACUUACAUCCUGUUAGCUAAACUAGCCUAAGCAAAUCUAAUGCUCGUCUGAACUUUUUACCAUUCCAGGUCUCGAGUUUCCAAUAUCAUUCUAAGAAUACAAAAAACAUUUCCAAACUUAUCACAGUUAGUCUUUCGUGCAUUGUUAAGCAUUUUGACGAGUUAAAAAAAUCAUGCGUCAUAACCAGGUUUACUUGAAGGUCCUCCUCACAAUUUAUUCCAAUUUAUGCCGAGUUUAUUUUUAAAACGGUCUGUUUUCUGUUCCGCUGUAAAAACCAAAUCCUCCAGGCUGAAAAAGUGUCUCUAAAUGUAAAAGAUACUGCUUUAAAAUGUAAAUUUGCACUUUGAAAGUGUGACGUGACGGCUGCCGUUGAGUAUUUUUAGUGCCGGUGGUGUCAGUGGUCAAAUCGAGUGUACGUGGAAUGGGAAACGUGAUUCUAUUCUUACCGGCUUUUUGUAACUGUUCUACGCAUGGAAAUUGGAAGCGUGCUAGAGUUUUACCAAUAAGCAUUUAAAGCAGCAGCACCUUUAACAGUUCACGAUUGUUGUAUCUACUGCCGUGUGUUUUUUGCCAAAAGCAAAAACGUACCAAAGAUCGUUUAUAUCCCUAUAUUUUCUAUGCAAUAGCCUGUGCCUUAACACUGGAUAAGAAGUUACGAAUCUGCUCAUGAUGCUGAAUCUUUAUGUUUAAAUAUCGUGGAGCGUCUUUGUGUUUGUAGAUAUUUAUGAGGCGAGAUACUUUGUGUUUUUCUUUACCCUCGACUUUUUUUUCUUUUCCUUUUCCUUUGCACACAGCGCCUUUUUCUGGCAUGUUGUUCAGAUUCAGACUCCCCGGUCUGUUCACUUUGUUUUAUCAGUUCAGUCUGUUCUGUACUCUCCUCUUCACACUUACUGUGCCAGAAUGGAGCUUCCUGCUGCAUUCCAACAUACCCACUUCCACAAAUUUCUCUAAGCAGCACUGGUUCAUUUCACCGAACACUGCCUUGAAUUUGUUGUAUUUGAGAUUUUUUUUUUCUUUGUAAUUUUGGUUAAAAGCUGGGCCUACGGUAAGUUUGAACAUUUUUACACCUGUUCUUGUAGUCAAAGGGAGUGUAAUUUGUCCUUUAUCGUAAUAGCUUUGAGAACUUCUUGAUGGGCCUUUUUGUAAGAAAGUGGAAAGUAGAACAUUCUGAAGCAAUUCAGCCAAAUACUUAUAUGCAAACGUCUUUCAAUUUUUGUACAAAAGAUAUUGUAUUUUAUAUCAGGUCUCUCUCCUUUUGAGUAAAUAAACAUUUCUUGAACAAGGCUAUAUGUGAACAAAAAUUUAGUAACGAUGUAAUAAAGUUUUUCUUUCCUAA